UUGCUCCGUCUUUGGUCGCGGGGAGUGCACGCUGUAUAGCUCCCGUGAAUCGACCAAGAUGCCCGGUGCGAGGGAUAUGCGUGACUCUAUCGAUGUAUUGCACGAGAUUUCCACGAUCCUCGACACCGGCCUGGACCGCAAGACUCUGAGCCUGCUCCUCGAGCUGAUUGAGAGCGGUGUCAACCCGGAGGCCUUGGCCGCCGUCGUGAAGGAGCUCAGAAGAGAGGCUGCCACGCUGAGCAGGCAGCGAUAACAACAAUGCCCGUUUGUUGUUCUUGUUGUUGAAGGAGGAAGAGAGAGGCUGUCACGCUGAACAGGCAUCGAUAACAACAAUGCCCAUUUGUUGUUCUUGUUGUUGCGAGAGAGGGCGUGCAACAGCAGUAGUUGCGAAGAGUUUCGUGUGGACGUAUAGGGGCGGGAAGCAACGUGAAACGCAUGUGCUUUACAGCUCGCAAUGUAUUACCAAUACCCUGGGGAUGAGAUUGCUCUCGCGUUUACAGCGAUAACAGGGAUAGAAGGUGUGGUACUAAUCGUUGCGGAGAUAUUCAGGCGGCGGGUGUGCUUUUUUAGCUCGAAAAGUAUUACCAAUACCCUGAGGAAUGAGACGUGUUUCGCGAAUUAACCGUCAAUGCAUGGGCCAUGCUCUUGGGUGGCGUGCGAUGGACAUGGCGUACGUGCGGUUGUCGUGCCGGCGUGGUUGCAUGUUUCCUUCGACACAGCAUUAAUGCGUGCACGUCAAACGUGAUGAGGGUUUGGAGACGAGACCUGCACAGGCUAUUGUAGGGUUCCUCCAAUGGUGGAUUGAUUCUGGUGGCACCGAAAUGUGGGUUAGGAGUCUCGUGUUCUGUGAGCGGGGCGAUGCCUACUACUUGGUCGGCAUUGAUGGACGCGUUGCCUGUUUUGGUGCUUUUUGUGCCGGGCAGUCCUUGGUUAGUCCAAGCCGCCAUUCGUGUGUUCGGCUUUGGCUUCGUCCGUCGUAUCGCCUGCGGCAUCUAUAACCUCCGGCUGUCAUCCACAUUUCUGUCGUAUCAUGUUCUCGUUUUUUUUUUAUUUGUCCUCUGGGUUGUUCUUGUUGAUUGAGUGUAUCG